CGUUGUGUCUGUCCGUCUGCAGGAGAACCGUCCCCGACAAGCAGACAGGAAGUGAUGUCGUGCUGUCAGACGAGCAGGUCCAGCUGGUCAACCGUCUCCAGAGAGGACAGUUCGGAGACGCCAACUUCAACGAGUACGAGCCCCAGGUGGAGUUCUUCAGCCGUGACGUGAUGCUCCACCCGGUCACCAACCGGCCGGCAGACAAGCGCAGCUUCAUCCCGUCUCUGGUGGAGAAGGACAAAGUGUCCAAGCUGGUCCACGCCAUCAAGAUGGGCUGGAUCAAACCGCGUCGCCUUGACGACGACAGCAGGGGGCGCUACUACGACCUCUGGGCCAAUGAGGACUCUUCUAUUCUGGCCCGACACAAGAUGCACCUCCCGGCCCCCAAAAUCCCUCUGCCGGGACACCAGGAGUCCUACAACCCUCCGCCGGAGUACCUGUUCACCGACGAGGAGAGAGCCCUGUGGGAGCAGCAGGACCCAUGUGACAGGAAGGUACCGUUUGUUCCCAGAAGGUUCUCCAGCCUCCGUCAGGUUCCAGCGUUUUCUCGUUUCAUCCACGAGAGGUUUGAGCGCUGCCUGGACCUUUACCUGUGUCCCCGCCAGAGGAAGAUGAGGGUGAAUGUGAAUCCAGAGGAUCUGAUUCCCAAACUUCCCAAACCAAAAGACCUGCAGCCGUUUCCAACAACACAAUCUCUGGUGUAUCGGGGUCACAGUGGUCUGGUUCGCUCCAUCAGUGUGUCUCCGUCAGGCCAGUGGCUCGCCUCAGGAAGUGAUGAUGGCUCAGUGAGGUUCUGGGAGGUGUGUUCUGUCUGAAGUCUCGCUGCGGUCCAGGUGGGCGGAGCUGUGAAGAGCGUCGCCUGGAACCCCAACCUGUCUGUCUGUCUGCUGGCUGUCGCCCUGGACUCGGUGGUGUUGAUCCUGUCUCCCUCUCUGGCAGACAGACAGGUGGUCCUGUCGUCAGAGCGACUCCUCUCGGCCCCCCAGGAGGCUGACGCUAACGAGGGGGCGGGGCCAGUUACCUGGAGUGAGACGGAGGGGGAGGAGCUUAACCAGGGGAUCCGCCUCAAGAUACAACACCCCAAAGCGGUCCAGCAGGUUUCGUGGCAUGCUAAAGGCGACUACGUGGCCUCGGUGAUGCCGGACCACUCGAGCAACCUACAGGUUCUGAUCCACCAGCUGAGCCGGCGCCGCAGCCAGAACCCCUUCAGGAAGAACAAAGGGCUGGUGCAGUGCGUAUCCUUCCACCCCGUCAGGCCCUACUUCUUCGUGGGGACGCAGCGCUCCGUCCGCAUCUACAACCUCGUCAAACAGGAAAUGACCAAAAAACUACAGGCCAACUCCAAGUGGAUUUCCAGCAUGGCCGUCCACCCCGGAGGUGAUCAUGUGAUCUGUGGGAGCUAUGACUGCCGGCUGAGCUGGUUCGAUCUCGACCUCUCGACCAAACCUUACAAGAUGCUACG